AACCGAGAAUGGGCAGUAAUAUUUGCCCUGCAUAGUAAUAGUGUCCUUUUGCUGUUCAGUUUUGUGGUGGUUGUGGCUGUUACAGAGAGAGAGAGAGAGAGAGAGAGAGAGAGAGAGAGGGUUUAGGAUGAUGGUUAGAAGGCCAAAUUUUCUUAAUUGUAGCUCAAACCUCAUUUAUGGACCCACUUGUAAAUUAGAACUUGAAAUUAGGCAACUUCACUUUUGAAGGGGUUUUCUUCAUUAAGUCAGCAAAACCCAAAAUUUAUUCCAAAUUUCAUGGCUAUAUUCGCAAUUUUCAACUUCCUUUUACUUUGUUCUUGCUGUGUAAUUCCUCUUUUAUCUUCUUUCUCUUCCUUGCUUUCUUCAAUCUUCCUUUGGGAAGAUAAUUAAUGGAUUGGGCCUCGACAAUACUUAAAUAUGAAUGGGUUCCGAUCAAACAAAUCAGAGAACAUUGGGCUUGGCCACGGCUACCGAGUGGAAAGAUACAUGGCGAAAAUAAAGAUCAAGAGAAUCGCCACUAAGACCGCAAAUCAGGUUCCAUGCAUGGGACACGUACGUAAGAAGUUGAACUUGAAAACAUUUCCAAGCCAAAACGAGCCGCAUCGUAUCAGAAACCUAUAGGUAACAAUGAGCAGUGACUUGGAGACGAGGUCUUUGUUGGAUGAAUGGCGUUGCUUCGACAAGGGAGGCUUCUUCGACCUUGGACACCCUCUCCUCAACCGCAUUGCUGAGAGCUUUGUCAAAGCUGGUGGCAUUGGAGCAAUUCAGGCUGCUGCGAGGGAGGCUUGUUUAAUAGCUAUUGAAGGAUCUGAAUCAAGUAAUUCGCCUGAUAUCACAACUACCAAGAACAAGAAGCAGCGCUUCCCUGACCUCAGAGGAGAAACCAAUCGAAAAUCUCUUGAAGCAAUGGUGAAGAGCACUGGAAAAGAAUCUGUACAAUGGGGGCUGGCUGCAGGAUUAUACUCAGGUCUUACAUAUGGGCUAAAAGAGGCUCGUGGAGCUCAUGAUUGGAAAAACAGUGCGGUGGCCGGGGCAAUUACAGGAAUGGCGUUAGCACUCACAUGUGAGGAAACUUCCCACGAGCAGGUUGUGCAAUGUGCCAUUACCGGAGCUGCUCUUUCCACUGCUGCAAAUCUUCUGACAGGAAUAUUCUGAAGUUGUUAAGACAGAACUGGAGUUAUGCUGCUUCAGUAUAUGAAGUUCCCUUUCUGCCUAAGACCGAUUUGUAGCAUGUUGGUACUUCAAUUACAAGAAUCUUCUUUUCUAUGAUGUCUCUUUCAUAAGAUAAGUACAAAGGAUUUGGCCAUAGCAGCAGCUUUAUUUUGAAGGUGGAGGCAUUUUAUUUUAUUUCUAAUUUUCCAUUUAAUAAUUGUAUGGGGAAGCAGCUAAUUUCAAUGGCAACAAAAAAAAAAAAAAGUGUGUUUGAUGUGAAAUUCAGUUUCUUUAAUCUUCAACUUAACUAAAAGCCAAUGGAUUUGUAAAAUGUGGUUCAUUUCAAAAUCAUAGUUGGAAUAUAGACACUUUGGACUGUUAAUAAAAAAAAAAGAAAAAAGGAAGGCUCGGUGUGCAACUCGUUUAUUUUUU